AAGGGCCACAGCCCACCUGAGCAACGCACCUGCCGGGCUCCUGGAUACAGCAGUGGUCACUUCCCUCCUUUUUGGGGCUUCUGUUCCUUCCCCUCUGAGCAGGGCUUCCCCUGCAGGGUGCUGGGCUGGGCCCGCCUGAGUCACCUUCCAGGCGGCAAACUCUGGGAAGGCUGUGCAGAGCUCAUAGUCACAAGUGGUGGACUCUCAGGCUGCAGUGCCCGCUUUCCAUGCCCCAACCAGCCAGGUCUUUCCAGGCUCUGACUCUUCCUUCGCAUCAGGAAAGAAUUGGGCAGCUGAACCCACAGGCUCCUUCUCUUAGGCUGACCUCCCAGAGCCACAAGAAAUCACAUCAUUUUCAAAUACUCAUGGCAGAGGAGAGGGCUGCCCUCAAGGUCACCAGGGACGUGAAAACUGCUGUCUCUGCCAUCCUCCAGGGCUACAGGGGCGGGCAGUCGGUGACAGAUGCCAGCGCCGAGCUGCACAGACUCUGUGGCUGCCUGGAACUGCUGCUACAAUUUGACCAGAAAGAACAGAAGAGCUUCCUGGGGUCUCGGAAGGAUUACUGGGACUUCCUCUGCUCUGCCCUGUGGCGGCAGCGGGGGAACACAGAGCCAGCUCGCUUCGUCCACUCGCAGGGCAAGUUGAAGACCCCUCUGGGAAAAGGCCGAGCCUUCAUCCGCUUCUGCCUAGCCCACGGACAGCUGGCCGAGUACCUACAGCUCUGCCUCCUGAACCCCGCGCUCACCAGGGAAUGGUAUGGCCCACGGAGCCCUCUGGUGUGCCCCGAACUCCGGGAAGACAUCCUGGACUCUCUCUAUGCUCUCAAUGGGGUAGCCUUCGACUUGGACCUGCAGAGGCCGGACCUGGAUGGGGCCUGGCCCAUGUUCUCAGAGUCCCACUGCUCUAAUCCCAGGCGGACCCCAGGAAGAAGACCCAGAAAGACCAAAGAUUCCCCAAAGGAGAUCCCAACAGUAGAUGCAUACCCCAAAGGAGUCCAACCGGAGGAGCCGCACACCAGCCAACCCAGCUGUCUGCGAGAUGCACCAGGGGAGGACGGAUUGGCUGGACUCCCCAGGCCACGGCAACACAGGCAUCUUCCUCCCUUUUUGGAAAAGAUGAGAGAAGAUCCCAGGAGCCUCAGGACCCCCCAGAGCGUGUGGAAACCGGAGGGGGAAGAGCUGCAACAAGACAAGGAGAUGGGAGCCCCAAGGAUGGGGAUCAGCCUGGAGCAUUCAACAGCCAUCGUCGAGGGUCUGGGGGAGGGAGCCAAGUGUACUCAGAGGAAGGUGGUAGGGACAGAGGGUGAGGACAGAGGGUUUCUGCUGAGUGCAGAGGGUCAGAGAAAAACAAAGGGGAGUCACGAAGGGGAAGCAGAGUGGGGUCACGUCCAGAGGCUGUGGGUCUCCAGCCCUAGAGAGACAAUAGAGGAUGCAAUGUCAGGGAGCAUGCGGGAGUGGGAGGUGCCCAGCAUUCCGGGGGAGCCCCGGGUCCUUCAGGGCCUGGGAACAAAGGAAGGCUCCAUCACAGAGAAGCCACAAGAGCAAACAGGAAUGACUGGUGUGACCAGGAGGGAGGAGCAAGCAGAGGUGGCCCUGCAGGAUGCGGUCAAGAGCCUCAGACAUAAGCUCCAGAAGACCAAGGAGCAGGCCCAGCACCAGGAACAGCUGCUAAAGGAGCAGGAGGGGGAGCUGAAGGCACUGCAGGAGCAGCUCAACAGGUGUCAGGAAGAGAGGGCCCAGCUGCAGGCAGAGCUGGAGCAGAAGCAACAGGAUACUGAAAGGAGGGACGCCAUGUAUGAGAAGGAGCUUGGAGGGCAGCGGGACCUGGUCCAUGCCAUGAAGAGGAGGGUGCUGGAGCUGAUUCAAGAGAAGGAUAACCUGUGGCAGAAGGUCCAGCAUCUCUCUUCCGUGGCCCCUGGAUGCUGUGUCAGCUGUAACAAGCUCUUUGGCCGGCUGUCUCGGCGUUACCCAUGCAGGCUCUGUGGAGGCUUGGUCUGCCAUGCCUGCUCUGUGGAUUAUAAGAAGCGAGAGCGCUGCUGCCCACUCUGUGCCCAGAAAAGAGAAGCCCAGUGCAUCUGACCAAGUCCCACCAAGACUGGCUAGCCCACCCCACCCUUCCCUCGGCCCUUCCCAGACCUCUGGUCUGACCAGUCCUACCUUCGAGAACUCGGUGACUUAAGGUGGACAGCACUUGUAUGGCCAGACUGUGGUGUGGAGAGUCCACGGACCUAGGCUGGCAGUCAGGAGACAGGUGUGAGCCUUCAUGUACAACUGAAGAGCUGGUCGGCUUUGGCAAAGCCCUCAGCUCCUCAGUCUGUUUCUGUAACAUGAGGGAGUCGGGUGCCAUCCACUCUAAAGUCCCUUCAGGCUCAAAAAGUCCUUGACCCAAAAUAAGGUCCAGCGGUCCUGACAUUUCUCCUCCAUACUCCCUCCUCACCCAGCCCCCACUUCAAGACACUGCACAGAUAGCAGCAUCCUCAGGUGCUUCCUGCCUGGAGUCUGUUUCAGGGUCAGUUUUUGUUGUUUUUCAACAGCUUUCUCAAGGUACUAUUAACACAUAAUACAAUUCACAUAAAUUGUACAAUGUGAUGAGUUUUGACUUUAAUUUACAUCCAUGAAACUAUCACCAUAUUCCAAAUAAUGAACAAACCCAUCCAUCAGCCCCAGAGUGUCCUCGUGCCCUUUGUAAUCUCUCCCUCCCCCUCCCCUGUCCUCAUCCCCAGGCAAUGACUUGCCUGCUUUCUGUCAUUAGAGACAAGUUUGCAUUUUCUAGAGUGUUACAUAAAUGG